CUUAUUAUUUUUUGAAACCAUAUGUUUUAAUGUUAUCACAUGAACAAUUUGUUAAAGAUAUUAAAGAAUUUUAUGAAUAUUCAAAACAAAUUAAGGAUUUUACAUGGGAUUUUAUAAAUAUUAAUGGUACAAGUUAUUUAAAAAAAGUUAUAUUUUCUUAUACAAAAUAUAAUCAAAAAUUAGUUAACAAAAAUAAUCAAAUUUUAAAAUGGGAAUAUAACAUUUUAUAUGACAUCAUAUAUCAAGUCCCAAUAUUAUAUUUUAACUGUUGUUAUGAAAAUGGAAUCUUGUUGAAUGUGCAUGAAUUACUUGAACAAACGCCCACACCACAUAAGGUAGAUUAUAAAGUUGCUUUAGAUUGGAAAUUUAUAUCACAAAAGGAUCAUCCAAUUUUGCAAAUUCCAUAUUUUUAUAUUCAUCCAUGUCACACAGAAAAUAUUAUUAAUAUAUUUAAAUAUGAGAAAGCUAGAAAAAAUGACACCAAGUCCAAAAAUAUGGUAAUAUCAUGGCUCACACUUUUUGGACAAUUUGUUAACCUUGAAAUCCCAAACGUUUAUGCAAACUUAUAAAUUCAAUUUAUAUCUAUAUGAUUUGACAAAAUUUUAUUUUUAGUUUUCAUGUUUAACUGAUGAAAAUUAAUUUAUUAUAAUAUUUUGUCAUUUUUCUGUGCCUUUCUUUUUAUAUAUUUGAUAAUUCUCUGUAAUCUAUGCGUAUUCAAUAUUUUAAU